AUGGCAUUGUUAACACAGCCCGACACAGAGCAACCUACUCCUGCAUCUGCCAGAGCAGGACGAAUCCGCUCGAUAUUACGGAAACCAGCAUCAAACCUCGCCCUGCGCAUCUCGGACCUGGAUCGAUAUCGCCUCAACAUGUGGGAAGUCAGCUGGGCGGCUCCCAAAGAGUCGAGGAAGGAACAUCGCGAAAACAAAGAGUCUGCUCCCAAAAGCGCGUCGCAGACAGGACGAUCCUUGUUUAGUCGGGGAUCGUCUUCAUCGUCCAACGAUAUACCGAUAUUCAGUAAUCUCUACAAGAGGAGGAAUAAUGUUGAGACGACAUCACCGACUGCGUCAACUUCCACUUUGUCGACAAAAACCUAUGCGACGGCAAUGGGCAAUUACGAGCUUGACUCGGAUAGGCUGUCUGUAUUUUCGACGGGCAGCGAGCAAACGACGGUGCAUGUUUCACAUUUCGUCGAUCUCAAGGAUAGAAAACAUGGUCAAUUGAUAGACACCAGUCGACCUUCUCCAGCAGAGUCUUAUGACCGCAAUAGUUCACACAACGACCCCCCUUCGCCGACACUGACAACGUCGUCUGCGCCAUGGGAUACAGAUACACUAGAGAACGUUUUGUUACGUCCGUGGCCUCUUAUCCAAACUCUCAGCGAAGACUCUUUCGUCGCCCGAAGCACAGAAGCGUGUUCAAUACCACGUACAUCGUGUGACAUUCCGUUUCUCAUCAACUGUGGCGUGACUAUCAUGGCGACUUCGAGCGUCAAGUCCAAGUCACGCGGCCGCUCAUCGAGCAACAAAACACCACGGCGCAUGGCUUCCUAUAACAACUCACUAAGAGCCGAAGCCCUAGACAGCUGGAAACCUCCAAAUGAAUGGGGCUGCACGCCUACAGAACCGUCAUUUCAAUUUCCAGACAAUGUAGACUUGCCGGAGCCCGACAUACCAAAGGAACUAAACGCGAUGCAACUCGAUGUUAAGCGUUUGGCGAGAGAGGACAACAUGGCCAGGUUGUUGCGAUUGACCGAAUCGCAUGACAUGAAAGGAUCUCCGAGCUCCAGUCAAGACAUGGAAAUUGAGAAGAUGCAGUGGAUGCUGUCCGCACUAUACAAUAUGGACGGCCCCAAUUACCCCGAGAUCAGCAACGAGAACACAGAGUGUGAACCUUCUGAUCCACCGAAAAAGGUUCUUGCCUUAUAUGAAACGCCAGCGGUUACCUCGUAUCUAGCCGCCGUCAACCACAGUAAACAGGUGUAUCAUCUUUCAGCGGCACCUCUAUCUCCGAUAACAUAUCCGAAUAUUCAUCCAGUCCUUUCACCAGUACGAUCACCAUCAGCCUUCCCUGUCGCGCCAUCCACCAUUGAGGCUGUCCACUCAUUACGGCUUCCUUUGGUUAUGCCUUCACAGGAUAUUCCUGCUCUAUUGCGAAACAUUCACAGGUGCCUGGAGCCAGGAGGCUCACUGUAUCUCACCAUCAUCGAUCCACUCCCUCUGACGAGCACUCUCGGUCCAUUACUCCGGUCGUGGAUCGAAGACCAUUUACUCUUCAACCUCGAGGCGAGUUUCCGAUGCACCAACCCCAGCAAAUUGUUGCCUGUGUGGCUGAAGAGUGCAUCGCUACUCGUUGAUCCCAAUUUGGUUGAGACAAGUCAAUUCUACGCUAUUCCGCUCGACGACAGCCAGUUACAGUAUGUACGAGAUGGGCACGAGUCUGAAGAGGGACUAAGACAGGAGCUUCGCAACAUUGUGGGACGGAUGCUCUGGAUGGAGAUUUGGAGAGAAUACAUCAUCGCUGAUAGCUGGUGGUGGGAUGACCCGAAUAUUCUUCACGAGUGCUCACAGUUGCAGACGACAUGGGAAUGGCGGUUGAUUGAGGCUCUAAAGGAUAGUUGA